AGAAUGAAGUGAAAAUCUUGUCGGAAUUCGACUCACUAAUUGAUUGAAGGUCUGUAUUUUCUACCCAACCAAUACAGAGAAGAAAAACACCAAAAUGGAUAAAGCUGCAAAAGCUGUUCGAAGGAGUGGCGUCCGAUUUAUGUCCCUUGGUGGAGGCCAUGGAGAUCUCAACAUGGUGAUUUCUGAACAGAAAGAUGUGAGAAAUUCUGCGAAGGCUUUUGCUGCUGCUCAAAAUUCAGCUUGUCAGUAUAUGGUAAAAUGGGCCUCCAACGAACAGAACCGCGCAAUCCAAGAUGUCGUCAACCAGAUGAUGGAGCUGAACCUCAUCUACACAGAGGUACAGAGAGAAUUUUCAGAGCACUUGAAGGUGUUCAAGCAGAUGUUUGAGAUGGUGUUGGAAGGUGAACGGCAUGUUGAUCAAGCAAGGAAUCACUUGUCAACUUGUGAACAACGGGAAUCUAAGAUCAAGAAAGAGUUAAAAAAGGCAGCUAAGAAAGCUACCAAUGAAGAAAUUAGGUACUUAGAGAAUAAACUUGACCAGGCAGAGAGAGCAAAGGAUCUCGCCCAGCUAGAAUUGGCUGACCGGAUAAGAGAGAAUGAAGCAGUGAAGUUGAUCCGCUUCAAGGAAGGCGUCACCAAGGUCUCUGAAGCUUACAUCGAAUUAGGAAGGAAGACCAACAUCAUUCAUGAAGCUCAACGUGACAUCUCCUAUCAGCUUCCAGAUGGACAAGAAAAGGAUUUAGAGGAUAUCAAAUAUACUGGCUCAGGUGCUACUAAACAAUAUGUGAUUAAAGCGAAGGAGAAGAUUAGGCAGUGUAACCGACAAUCUCACCGACACAGACACAAUAUCUCAAAUGAUCCCAAUGAGCCCCCACCACCGUACACACCCGGUGACUUCUACAACGAGCAGCUCAGCCUCGAUCUCGAGCAGCAGGCCCCACCCCGGCCUAUCAGGCAGCUCUCCCCUCGACAACAAGUACAACUUCCACCGCCACCAUCACAAGACUUUGAUGGAAAUCGCUGGGAUAGUGACUACGAGGAUGAUAUAUCGAGCAUGUUGGGUGCUGCCAAGAUGUGAGCCAAAUCGACAUCACUGGGACUCCUUUUUAAGCAGAAUAAAACUUCUGGGGUAACCUACUCUUGCAUCGGCCCCCUGCAUGUCUCUACCUCCUCAAGCACUGCUUCAAAUUCAACACAAUUUGACUCGCACUGCAAGCACUUGGUGUAAAUGGUUUCCAAAUUUCUCUUCGCUUCACGUGAGGGCCAUGCUAAUUGGCUAUAAAGCAGGUGAAAAAUGUCUUCAGUGAUUACCAGUACUGAAUUGUGCAUUAUUCAAAGUCGUGGUUUGGGAUUUAGAAAUUAAAGUGCAGGCCUGUGCAAACACUUUGGGAUAGGGGACUCUGUUGAUAACUAACAUAUUGUGAGAUUGUGUGGUCUCCUGUCUAACUCUUUGGAAUGAGGACAUUGUAAAUUAUCUAUCCUGCAGGCGGUCUCGCCUGACAGCGAUGUAUGUGAAGGGGGUGUAUCGGGUUCAGGACUGCAAUCCCUCAUGGGGAUCCUUCCAAAAUUAAAAGGUGUCCUUCCAGAAAGGAAACACUAUUUUUCGGGAGCCUUCCAAAAUGGGGAGGUGAAAUCUAUAUUUACUCAAUUGACCCACAUUUUGUAUCACCUUUUCUCAGCCUCUGAUUUCUCUAAGUUGAUAAGGUUGACAUGGCUGAUCUGUAUUCAUACCAUGUUGAUCUCAUCAGUUUGGGUAAUGUAUUUGAUAUAUAUUUCUGUGAUGUCCACCCCUGAUCUAUCGAUGACUUAUGAUGUAUGCUAUAUUUUGAGGCAACAAAAGUUUUCACUAUAUCUGCAGAAAUAAGCCAAGCAUUUCCAUAAUUGAAUGAUAAUUUACGAGCCUCGUAACACAUAAAAGAUCACUGCUAGAUCAGGCUGGUGAGGACCACUCCAUGUUAGAUAUUGUGAUGCAGUCAGACUGCUGCUGUCAUGGAAAAUAUAACUCAGGACUCGGGCAUCUCAGUAACUUGAUCUUCUCUGGCCUUGGUCUUAUUCUAGUAUAAUGGAAACAACUAUGUGGGUUCCAAAAUCAUUGUAAGGUUUCUUCGCCGCCUUGGCUUUUGAACCUGUAGUGUUCGUGGAAACCAAUCCAGUGGUAAAUUAAUGAAUGGGAAAUGUUGGACUAAAUUCAGGAUUAAAGUCAGAGAAGAACAAUUAAAGAAUGUAUUGUUCAACCUUUUGAUGGCAUGAAAGUACCCUGUUUUAUCGCAUUUGUGGUAUUUUUUGCCUCCUUAGUGUGUGUUGCUUUAGAAUGGUACUCUCAGAAAGCAUGUCUUUGAAUAUGUUGAAGUCUAACUCUAAAACUCAAAAAUGAAAAUGUACUUUUUGAGCUUUUCAUCGCGACGAAAAUGGUAGUGCUUCCGGCUCCAAGGGAAUAUGCCUUGUUUGCUACAUACAGUACCCAUGGCAAACAGGGACAUUCUUGUAAUGUCUUUUCAACAUCUUGUUAGAUCGAAAGAGAUGCAUAGUGGUUAUCGCCAGGUUUUCCUUGUAUAGUCAGGGAUUGGGGAUAUUUAGAAUGAGGGGGUUUGGGUAAUUGAACUUUACAUUUUAUCAUUUUACCCAGUCAGACCAAUGAUUAUUUACAUGUAUCUGUUUAUUGACAUGGAUAUGAGGUACAUUGCUUGUUCUGACGAAACAAACCAGUUACAAUAAUUAAAGUCAAAUAUUUGUCUCCUAUAUAAAGCAUUGUUGGCUGAAUCCAUCUCAUCAUGUUGCUGGAAGAUCAUUCCUCCUGGUGAACUUUACUGGGUGUAUGUUUCUUCUAGUUGAUAACAGCAGUUAUGUAUUUAGAUUUCAAGUUUAUGCAAUAAUUUUCUAUAUGCAUAGUAUUAGAAGAUAGAAUCGUGCUCGACUCCAAAUAACAUUGGAGCCCAAAUGUGGGAAAAGUGUUCCAGUUUUAACAUGUAAAAAGAAAUUGCGGUGCAUUUUAGAUAGGUGACAGUACAGCUUUGAUUUUGAAACUUCCUGUGUAUCAUAAUGCAUGAGGCAUUGUCACAAAUACACCCAUUAUCUUAUUAAAAUGAAUAAAAAUCUUAUAUAGUGGAGCUAUGAAAACAGCUGAGGGCAUUUGCAGCCGCGUAGUGUUUUUCCAACAUUUCUGGGACACUCUGUAUAAGCUGUUGUUCGUGUGAAUCUGAUCUUUCCUUUCAUUCAUGGACUGGCUCAUCAAGUUGAAAACUUUUUACUUGAAUUUGAAAGUUGCCAAUCGCGGGAAUAUAUACUGAAUAUAAAUUUCGAUAUUGCCGUUCUGUAGAGAGAUAUACAAAUACUAUAGAUACCUAGUUUCAGCAAAUUUGCAAUCAUGAUAAAUGAUUACAGCAUUGUGUAUAACUGCAUUUCUUGUAGAUUUAUUGUUAACAUGCCCUCGGCUUGUGCUCCAGUGAAGGUUGUUGGAAUUGAUUGCGGAUAACAGCGUUUUGUGCCAGGUAUAUCCUAAUUAAUGGAACAAAUGCGGAAGAGCCAUGUUGGAUUUAUAUACGGUAAUGUGAAAUAAGGUUGGGGGAGAAGGACGUGAUAAGUUAUUGGUAAAAUUUCUAUUAUUUUUAUGUCAUUUUCUCUCCGCUUUCCCAGAGGUUGCUCCGCUUUUUCCCUACCAAUCACAUACAAAAUGUGAGACACUCUUGACUGAAACCAUGUCCUCCAUAUCUAAUUUGCUUGUUACUUGAUUGGAAUUCAAACAAGUGCUGGUUUCAAGAAGAUUGGCUUGUACUCAGAAUGCGCAUCCAUCUGAUAACUGUAAACCCAUUUAUUGAUAAAUGAUAUAUGUAUACGUGAACUGUAAUCGAAAAUGAAAAUAAAUUAUAAAGAUUUUACAAUGUAAAGAAAAUACUGU